AUGGAAGACCCAAUGGAUAUCGACACUCCUGAUGAAGACCGAGGCGAACGAUACCAGGAUCAACACCCCCCAGCGCGACCAGCCUCAUCAAGCGUCUCUCGCAGAAGACAAGUACGCAACGGGAGUCGCCAGGAACUGAGUGAAAGAAUCCACGCAGCACACACUCAGUCCGCUCAUUCCACCCAAUCGACGCCUUCCCAGCCUGCACGCGAAAUGACUCCAGACCAGGCCCUUCAGGCGUACCUCAUCCACCAGCAGCUUCUAGCAGGAAUUGCACCCGAGAAUGUGAUCCCUAUGAGAGGUCAGCGUAGGGGUCAGCCUGUCGUGCCCAGAACGAACCAGCCUACGCUAUUGAGAAUUAACAACGAGGGCAUUUUCGUUCCUAGCAAUGUCCCCCCUGCCAGGUUUACUGGUGUCAUACGGCCUCCUCCAGUGAAUAUGCUCUGUUAUGCCAGGUUCCCUGUUCCUAACGACCAGGCACCACCCACAAACAGAACUACCAGGGCCGCGAGACCUCCUGCGCCAGCGCGAACCCCCCAAAUCUCGCGGACGCUUCCCCAGGUUCCAUUCCGUGAAUCUGCUCAGCCUGCGAGGCCUUUGAACGCUCUUACCGGCACCCAACCAGAUUGGGAGAGCCGGAUUCCCCGUAUCGCUGAGUUUCGCCAUUCUUCUCCGAUCAGAAACAAUCCCUCGACCUCACAACAACAAGCCAGAGUCACCCUACCGAGCGUUGAUGAGCUUUUGCAAGGCGUUCCACCUCCUCCCCAGUCCACUCCACCUGUGUCGUCUCCCAUAAAAGCUUGCGAGUCUGAAGCAAUGUCAGAUUCAACUAUGCGUGCAGUCAACCAAGAGUUGGCUCCGUCGAGUCCCUACCGCGAAUUUGAGGCUGCCGCAUCAGGUCUCGCAGCUGACGAUACCGAAUCCGAACUUACGUCGCCCCCCGCCACAAUGAGCACUGAAUUUGGCAGCAGCGACAACAUCGAGAUUCCCGUGGUGCCGGGUUUCAACCUCCUCCAAGGCUUCGUUGACAAUACCAAGGUCGCUAUGGCAUUGACUGACCACCUCAACGUUGAGGACAUCAUCAACUUGAUGGUCACUUUCAAGCCCUUCCACAGCUUCAUUCAGACCCACGAGUCAGCUAUUGCCACUCGCAAGGCCUACAAUGAAGCUCUCCAAGCCGCGCGUGCCUGUCCCCCCGUGUGCUACCCCAGUCUUUGCGUCCCCUCCACCGAGGAACCCUCGCUUCGCUGGCUAGCCAUGGUCAUUUUCCGUGAGCACGCGGCCGAGGAGAUUGUGCGCACCAUGUGCGAAGCUGGGUACGAGCUGCCUUGGGAAUGCGCAGACAUGCUGAAGAAGUACUGGUUUCUGUUCGAUAUCCCCGACAACAAACGUCGCGUGUGGACCGUGCAGAACGUUAACAUCUGGCCGGAUAUCUCCAUUUACUACUUCAUGCUCUUCUACAUCAAAGUCGACGAGUAUGUUGUCACCAAGUACGACAACCAAACUGGGGGUCUGCGUCGUCUCGCGAUGGCCCAGCCUAGCCUGACCUUCUGGCUCAAAGUCUUGAAGAACAGACGAUUCGAUACCCAGCUCGAUAUCCUGCAGACCUUUGUCCGCUGGCAGUACCAGCCCCAGCCCCACGAAGCCGGCGGAAUCGUCUUUGGCGUGGACCCCGACGAGGUCGGCCUGCUUCAGUACGAGAACUACGGUCGUCGCGGCGAACGCACUGUCAAGUUUGAACGUCCUGAUACGUGCGUUAUGAAGGAGUUAAUCAGGCGCAAUAUCAAUAUGCAGCAGAUGUACAUUGAUGUUCAUUACGGCGAAGGGGAUCGUUACAACAAUGUCACCGUCCAGAAUUCCACUUGGGAUUACGAGGUCAGAUGUCAGGCCGCAGAUGACGAUGCUCCCGACUGGGUCAAGGCUCUGCAGGUGAGCUUGGAGGCCUGA